AUGGAUGCUCCGCUACUUAAAGAAAGAGAGAGGGCGACAUUUAAUGUUACUGAGCUGAUCCAUUUAUUGAAUGGAAGUGAGGAAGAAACCAAGAGACGCAAAGAAUUAGAAUCUUGGUUGUAUAAUAAUCCUGUAUUCCGUCAAGAUGACCGAUAUCAAAUAUCAAGAGAAGAAGUUUAUGAACGUGGCUUGCAAAAAACGCGAGAGCUAGUCAAUUUAUGCAGACGGAAAAAUAUUAAGUUCGAUAGCCUCGAUUUUGCUCGUUUAAACAUCUCUACUCUUGAAGAGUUGCCUUUCUUCUUGCAUGUAAUAAUGUUCAUACCAACGAUCAGGGGCCAAGGAACAGAAGAACAAAAACGAAAAUGGUUACCAUUAGCUGAAGACCUAAAAAUUUUGGGAACAUACGCACAAACUGAGUUAGGCCAUGGUACCUUUCUUCGCGGCUUGGAAACUAAAGCUACGUAUGAUGUAUCUAGCCGAGAAUUUAUUGUAAACUCGCCUACAAUAACUUCCAUGAAAUGGUGGCCAGGAGGAUUGGGUAAAACUUGUAAUUAUGCAGUAAUUGCUGCUCAGUUAUACACUAAGGGCAAAUGUUAUGGAAUACAUAUGUUCAUCGUGCAAUUACGAAGUUUAGAAGAUCAUAAACCUUUACCUGGUGUGACUAUCGGUGACAUUGGAAAUAAGUAUGGUUUCCAUACAGUAGAUAACGGCUUUCUUCGCCUAGAUAAUGUACGGAUACCUUAUGAGAAUAUGCUAAUGAGAUACGCCAAGGCAUGUGAUUACAUUCCUCCGGUAAAUCCAAAAAUUAAUUAUGGGACAAUGACGUCAAUCCGCGUUGAUCUUGUAAAAGAUGCAUCCGUCAUACUUGCAGCAGCUAGUACUAUAGCUAUUCGAUACAGUGCUGUCAGGCAUCAAACAGAAAUCAGACCUGGAGAAGAGCCUCCAGUUCUAGAUUAUAUAACACAGCAAUUUAAGCUCUUCCCUCAAAUUGCCACUGCCAUUGCUUUUCAUUUUGCCGGAGAUUAUAUGCAUCGAAUAUAUGAUAAAGUUCAAUCUGAAAUUUUUGAUGGGCAUCUCAGCGCCAUAACGGAGUUGCAUGGGAUUAGCGCUGGUCUUAAGGCCUUUACAACCGAUACUUCGAUAGCAGGUGUUGAGAUUUGUCGGCGUGCCUGUGGCGGUCAUGGUUACUCCAAUGCAUCGGGCUUUCAACGCUUCUAUGAAAAUUGGCUAGGAUCCGCAACGUACGAAGGUGAAAAUACAGUCAUGUAUUUACAAGCUGCGAGAUACUUAUUUAAAUGCUAUGAUAACCCAAAAGAAGCCCCUGAAACAAUGAGCUACCUUCGAUACCCACAAAAUAAGAUGGAAUGGAACGUAAAAUCAGCCGAUGAUGUUUCCAAUUAUGCGACACUGAUAACUGCUUUUGAACAGAGAGCUCUAAGCAAAAUUAGUAGUACUGCAAAAAAAUUAAAAAAUCUAACGCACUAUGGGAUGAAUCGGAAUGAUGCCUGGAAUGCAGCUAGCGUGGACAUUCUACACAGUAUUAAGGCCCACUGUCAUUACUUUAUCGUAAAAAAUUAUAUGCAAUCAUUAAACCACUUAAAAAUGAGUUCACCUCUACGUCAAGUGAUGACUGCAGUAGCUCUAUUAUAUGCAAAUUAUGGAAUUGACGAGCAUGCUGGAGACUUUCUCGAGAGCGGGUUCAUGAAUGGUAAACAGAUCAAUCUCGUAAGAGCUAAGAUAUUGCAGUUAUUGAAGGAAAUUCGAGUAAACGCUGUGGCUAUUGUAGAUUCAUUUGAUUUUGAUGAUCGUUUUCUACGAUCAGCUCUUGGCGCUUAUGACGGGAAUGUGUAUAAUCGUUUAUUUAAAUGGGCUAAGCUAUCACCCCUAAAUAAAACAGAGGUUCAUUCAAGCUACAAAUACUUACGACGUAUCCUGCAGAGUAAACUGUAA